CAUGGGGGCGCUAUAGCCCAGUGAGGGUAAAACAAAUCUGCAGCAGAGCUAGAGAGAAAUGCUGUGGUUCACACCCAUAGAGUGAAAGUGAUUGAGAUCUUCAGUGAAGCUCCUCCUACAACAAUCCACCAAUAAAUGCUGGAGACAAACACACAGAGAAAUCACUCCAUGUGUGACAACUGAAAUCUUCAUGACAUAAUGUUGAUGCUGGUGAAAGAGGAGCUUGAGAAGAUGACAGAUCCACAACCAUGCAGAAUAAAGGAUGAAGAUACUGAGGAACAAAUAGAUAUGAUGGAAGUGAAUAAGGAGAGUCAAGCUGAAGUGAAUGAAGCAAAUGAAACACAUACAAACAGAAACCAUAAUGUUUCACAUGAAGAAACUCUGAGAACAGAAGACAAAAAGUGUGAAAAUAGUUUCAGAGAAGAUGAACGCCCUGCAGAUCACAAGAGGACUCACACUGGAGAGAAACCCUUCACAUGUCAUCUGUGUGGAAACAGUUUAUCAAAUGCAAAAUCACUUAACAGACACAUGAGAAUUCACACAGGAGACAAACCUUUUGAAUGUCAUCAAUGUGGAAAGUUUUUCAGAUGUCAAAGUAACCUAAAUACACACAUGAAAAUUCAUGCUGGAGUAAAAUUCACGUGUCAUUUGUGUGGGAAAAACUUCACCAGAAAAUGUGGCCUUGAACGGCACACGAUUAUUCACACUGGAGAGAAACCGUUCACAUGUCAUCUGUGUGGAAAGAGUCUAACACGUCUAACGACCCUUAAGUCACACGUGAGAAUACACAAUGGAGAGAAACCGUUUGUAUGUCAUCAGUGUGAAAAGUGUUUUACAACUGCAGGUGAGCUUAAGCUUCACAUGACUCUUCACACUGUAGAGAAACCAUUCACAUGCCAACAGUGUCAUAAGAGUUUUAAAUGGCAAAUAAGUCUCAAAAAUCACCAGCGCUUACAUUCUCGAGAAAUGUUGGCAUCACUUUGGCAUAAAGAUACACAUGGCACUUCAAAUGUGAAUGUUUUUCACACCGUUUGAAUGCUCACCAGAAGAUAAAUUCAUUUUAGAAAAACACAGUUGACAGAAGUUUACUAAAGUAUUUACAUCCAUCUACAAAGUACAUUUUGUCCUUGACUUUUGAAACCCACAUGUAUUUAUGAGUGUCUUCAAACAGUUCUAGUGAUAAAACUUUCUUAUUAAGACCAUGCAGCUUUUUCUGGUUAAACACUGGUCUACAUUUUUGUAAAUUUGUUUUUUAUUUGUAGUAAAAACAUGAUUUUUUGGUCAAUGACUGAAAUGUCCAAUACAACAAUAAAAAUGUAAGAUUUAGAAUUGCAGUAAAACUUGUACUGUGUAAAAAAUUUUUUGUAAGAGUGAAGUCUAUGCUAAUUCUGGCAAUAAAAGAAAUAAAAUACAAUUU